GCGAUUUCCGGGGGUGGGGGAGCGAGAUUCCCGGAGGAGGCGCCCCUUUCCUCGCCGGGGCGCCCUUUGUACGGCUCCUGACGGCCGCGCCGCCCUGCCCGGGGACGGUCGCCCGCGCUUUGUUGAACGCGGCCCCCGCCCCGCAUCCUGCGCUGCCUCCUCCCCCCCCCGCGGGUCGUCGCCUCCCUUGCAAACGGAGCUCAGCCCCCCAUCUCCGGGGCCGGGAAGGAUCGCGCGCCGCCCGACAAAGGCGAAGAAUAUCACCCAAAGAAGUAUCAUGAGGACUAGAAUAUCAGCACAUUGAUUAUGACAGCGCAUCUCCUGUUGUAGUGGAAGAAUGAAGUUGCCAAUGAAAAAUCUGAGCCGAAGGUGAAAGAUUCGUUUGAACCCCCUUGGGCAAACGCUGUUUCAUUUCUCAGCGAAAAGAAAAAUAACACAGAACUUUUAAUUAUCUUUUUCCCUGCAAAGAAAGCUUACCAGGAAAAUGGCAGCUUCAUAUUGAUCCUGCCUUAGGUGGCCAUCCGUCCAUAAUCCCUCUAUAAUCCUGAAGCCAUAUUGGUAUCUGAAGUGUAAGAAAACAAAAUAGGAAAAGCAAAAUCUCAAAAGGAGCUAGAAGAUCCGUUUAGUUGAACAAUCAAUAAGAACUGCAUAUUAGUGACUAAUGUAACAAGGGUUUUGGUAUCAAGAGAUAAUCUGCAGAGCUAUCGAAAAAUUUUGCAGGGGAAAAACCGUUCGGAUGAGUUCCAGGGCAGUUUCAGAGUUCAUAAAAGGGUGGAGUGUAUGAACAUGAUAAAAAGGAUAUCAAGGAAAUGUUAAUAGUCCUCAAGAAGAUUUGCUUGGGAAAAACACUCUGUGACCCGGCCUCACCAUCACCUCUGUCUUCCCAUCUAAAGCAGACAGAGUUCAUUCACAUACAUGGCGGUUGCAAGAAAAGGGGACCACCACGUGAUGAGGCCAACAGGUUAACGCAGUUCCAAACUGCACCGAGAAAAGAGGAGUUUUCAUAGGAGAUGCCAAAAACUCGAAGGCAGAUGGGAUCGCAGGAGAGAGACGUUUGUGAAAAUGCAGGCAGUCCAAAGAUGGUUCAUAAUUCUUGGGGAAUUCAGAUUAAGAAGGAAAUAGAGAUGAGUACAGAAUGGAAGCUCUCCAUGGGAGAGGGUUUGGCCCUGCAUUUGGGGUCUCUGCAUGGAGACAAGUCGCCGGACGCAGCCGAACAAAAGCACCAACCAAGUCCAAAGAGAGAUUCCAAUUUUCCUCCAGAAUUUCAGCCGGACGACAAACCAGGGAAGGUCGCCAUACGUGCCAGUAGUCUUGUGGACGCCUCCCAAAUUAGCAUCAAAGAGGAAGAUCUAGAACACCCUGUGUGCAAGCGUGCGCACCACCAAAACCCCGUCCUGCGUCUGGCUCAAAGGAUCAAAAAGGAAGCCGACGUGAGCGGAGAGUCCGCCCUGGAGCCAGAGCUUGGGGGGAAAGUUGGCCCGCCAUCGGUUUUGCUCAAAAGUCACACCACUGCUGUUUUUGCAAAACACUGUGGCGUUGCCAAAGGCAAGAAAAAUAGCCCCAUAGUGCAGGAAGAUCAGAAAGGAGAGAAAAUAUUCGCCUGCCCGGUGUGCGGCAAAGAAUUCAAUCAGAAGUCUAACCUCACCCGGCACCACAAAAUCCACACCACGGAAGGGCCGUACAAAUGCCCCAAGUGCGGGGAAAGUUUCCGCAUGAACCGGCAACUCGUCCGGCACCAGCGGAUGCAUCUGAGCGACCCGUUCAAAUGCACGGAGUGCGGGAAAAGCUUCAGCCGGCGCUCCAAUCUGAUCAGGCACCAGAAAAUCCACACGCGGGAAGCCCCUUACCAGUGUCCCGAGUGCGAGAAAACAUUCAAUCAGAAAACGAAUCUUUUCCGACAUCGGAUGAUUCACAUCCAAAUGGGCCCUUGCAACUGUACCAAAUGUGGGAAGCUUUUCACGCAGAGGAAGAAUCUUGUCAAGCAUCAAAAGCUGCACCUGAGCGAGGGGGCCCACAAAUGCUUUACUUGCGGGAAGCAAUUUCGGCUGAAAAAAUACCUUCGGCGACAUCAGAAAAUCCACAAUCGUGAGGCACCAAGUAUUCAUAAAACUCAGGUGGAGUGACUGGGUUUCUGGCAAGAAGAACUGGAAUCCCGGGCUAGUGGAAAACUCAGAAUGGCAGUACAGCGCGUCCUCGCUUAGUGACUGCCUCAUUUAGCGACCAUUUGCAGUUAUGAUGGUCAUGAAAAAGUAACUUUGCGACCAGUCUUCG